GAUUCACACGCCCUCUGCCCGUUCGGGUUGAAAAUCCUCCGACUCUUUCACGCAUCAGCCGAGCUCACCGAAACGCGCCGUUUCGUGCUCUUCCCUCUCUCAGAUCCUCACCAACCUCAAAGCACCAAUCUGCGAAUCCAAAAUCCCUGUCAAAACCCUAAAUCCAUUUCCCUCCAUCAUUUCCGAUUUUGCCCUACACAACCCGCCUGAGCUCCGUGACCAAAACCGUAAUUCACAUAAAGCCCGCCGUUUGGCGACGCGGAUAACUCUGCCGUCUGGACUUUGCGGAGGGGGUGAGAAAUGGCGGGAGGCGCGAGCAGGAAGGACGACUCGGUGGUCCUGAACAGCACCAAUGUUUUUGCGGCGCUUGGGAGCUUGAAGAAGAAGAAGAAGGGGGACAAGAGCUCGUCCAAAAGCUCGAAAGGCGGCGGCGCAGCUCAGGAUUCUGGGGAGGCGGAGAAGGAGGUCUUUUGGGCACCGGCGCCCCUUGUCGCAAAGUCGUGGGCCGAUGUCGAUGACGAGGACGAUGACGACUACUAUGCAACUACAGCUCCGCCGGAAAUGGGUUGGGCCGGUGAGGAUUCGAAGGCGGCGAAGGAAAGCGAGCUGGAAGCUGAGCAUGCGGAGGCCGGCGAAUUGGAAAGUGAAAGUGAGGAGGAAGGUGGUGAUGAAGUUGAUGAUGUUGAUGAGGAACAUGAAAAUGAACUUGAAGCCCCAGUGGAAACUGAACCAGUUAAGAAGCUCCCUGAACCUUCUCCAGCCCCCAAGGAUACAGAAAGGCAGCUUUCUAAGAAGGAACUGAAGAAGAAGGGGCUUGAAGAACUUGAAGCAGUUCUUGCCGAGCUAGGAUACCCUACCAACACCGAGACUAGUGGCCAAGAUGAUUCCAGUGGUGUUACCCAAGAGAAGAAAGUAGAGAAUCAAAAUGGCGAUGUGGACAAGAAGGAGAAUGCCAUUGGCGAGAGCAAAAGUGCAAAAAAGAAGAAAAAGAAGGACAAGUCAUCGAAGGAGCCAAAAGAAUCUCAAGACCAGCCCGAUGGCACAAAUGGUGGAAGUGCGGCAGCUGAUGAAAACACUGGGAGGGAUAAGGAAGAAGAUGCAUCUACUGGUGAUGUUAAAGAGCGGCUAAAGAAAGUGGCAUCCAUGAAGAAGAAGAAAUCAAGCAAAGAAAUGGAUGCAGCCGCUCGAGCUGCUGCAAGUGAAGCUGCUGCCAGGAACGCUAGGCUAGCUGCCUCAAAGAAAAAAGAGAAGAAUCACUACAAUCAGCAGCCAGUGCGGUAAGCCGGCUAUGGAUCUUAAGUUUUUGUUCCAUUAUUUUGUUUCUCCUAUAUGAACUUGUACUUUUGUUUAUUUGUUGAAUGGAACAAUAAACCUUUUCGGAACUAGUUUUGCGAACUUUACUGUGGAGAAGAUAGUUCUUUUACUUAAAGGAAGAAAGCAAAAGUAUGGUUAUA